ACAAAUGAUUAGCGACAGUCAGAUCAGAGACUUAAAAAACCCGCCGAAAACAAAGCUGCCUAAAGUUCCAUGGCGGCAGCAGCAGCAGCAGCCGCCGUACGUUCCCUCGCCAUAUUCAAAACCACCGCCCAAAUUCUCCGGCACCGCCACUUCUCCUCCGCGGCGGCGGCGAUUCACCGGCCGUGGGAUUUUUACUGUGAGGAUAGUAGUAGUGAAGGCGAAGAAAGUGCAGUGUAUCAACACGUCCUCAAAUUCCAACGCCCUUCAACUAUAAAACAACACCAGUUUCUCCACAACUCAGUUAGUCUCAUAGGCAAUAUUGAGUGUCCGUUAAGAAGAAUUAAAACUAGAAACGGCUCUUUUGGUGUCCAUACUUUACUCAAUGUUUCAGCGUCUUCACAAACCCACCCGUCUUUUAAAGUUAUGCUGAAGAUGUGGGAUGAAAUGGCAGAAGUGUCAAUGGAGCAUUUUAAACCGAAGGACUUGGUCUAUGUUUGGGGUCAUUUGGGAUCAUACACCAAGGCUGAUGAGAAUGGUAAACAGAAGAUGAGAUACGAGGUAGUUGUCAAGGAAAUAAAUUUUGUGACUCCAGAUGUUCAAGCGUCAACAUCCCCAGAACUUGAGAAGAAAGAAUCAGGAGGUGAAGAAGAAUCGGAGAAGUACACGAACCGGAUCCGUUUGUGGCAAAUUUUCUUCGCUAGCCCUUAUGAAUGGAUGGACUUCAGGAAGGGUAAAGUCAAUCCUAAAUACCCAGACUUCAAGCACAGAGAUACUGGUGAAGUUCUCUGGCUCAGGACAGAUGAUCCACCAUGGAUAAAAAAGCAGUUGGAUAUUCUAGAUUCUAGAUUUGCUUACCCGAGUUCCCAAGAACAAUUAAGCUCCAUACAAGACAUGUUGUUUUGAAGGGAUGCAAAGCAAGUAGAAGAGAAGUUCCACAGGUUGUCACAUUCAUCAAAGGUGCUGUGGGAUAUGUACAUAUUUCUUAUAAUACAACUUUGGUAAAUAUAACAGGAUCCCCGUUAUAACUUUGAAGAAAGCCACCAUGUGUUUAUGUCACAAGUUAUGUAAUCUUGGCAGCUGUACUAGUUGAAUAGUGCUGCUUGUUGAAAAAUGUCUUGUACAAAAUUUGCCAGUAAGAUCAAUCCUUGUAUACAAAAUGUCAUGUCCGUCUCAACUUUACCAACCUAUGCCUGGUUCUUUAACAUGUACACUGUUCGGCCAAUUGGCCAUGUAAGCAGUAAGUUCCCCUGUUGAUCUUGUUAUU